AUGUCUUCUCUUCCGCGCGGAAAACCCCGUGUAUCGAGAGCCCGAGGAAGCGACGAAGAAUAUGUGCUGUUCCUCCAGGGUAUUCCAUCCCGCUGUCGCUGGCAGGAGCUCAAGGACUUAGUGCGUCAAACGGCACUACACAUUCGACAGGCAGUAGUCUACGAUGAUCACCAUGGAUUCCCCACCGGGCUGGGCCAGAUCAUUGUAAAGGAAGAGGGCGAGGCCUGGCGAACAUACCACAGACUAUCCACAAACGGCUGGGAAGGGCAGAGCCUGGUGGUCACACUCGCGCGGACGAGCUCGCCGACCCGACCAAUUGCAGGGCCUACAAAGAGCCCAGCAUGCGUUAUACAACCUAGCUACAUAGCAGGUUAUUCGACCCCGCCAAGAAUGGCCCGAAACAGCGCUAUACCACCCUCUCCCAUAAAUACAGAUCCCGUUACACCGUCUAGUCCAACCUACCGCAGCGCAGAGUAUAGCGCUAUGGUCAACCCGAUAUUUCUCUCGCAUCAAGCCUUCAUGCCCGCUUUUACAGAUCCGUCACAGGUGGUUCCAAGAGUGCCGAGCUCACCCACUCCCUCCUUAUGCGACCCAAUGGCGUUUGGCCUUAUCCCUACAUAUGCCAUGUCUCACCAAAUGCAGCAACCCGUCAUAGCAAACAGCUUCAGGCCGAGCCACCUCAGCACUACCCCACACAAGAGCCCGUACAGUUACAACACCAGUUUCCCACCGUCAUACUCUCGCCAAAAUCUCCGCCGCAGCGUCAUAAUCCAGAAUCUUAACCCAGCAACCACGGAGGAGGGUCUGCUGAGCUCCCUGCAAGAAACCGUUACUGUGGAGCAUUGCGAAAUGCUAACCCCGCACGUGGUGACCACGUCUGAUGUUCAGCCCACUCGGAGCAGGCUCACUGCGCGCGUCACGCUUCGCUCUGCAGAAGAAGCCAAGCGGGUUGUAGCUUUGUACAACAACACCAUCUUCAUGCGAUCCAGGAUCCGUGUCAAGAUCGACAAGAGCACAUCGCGCACUUUCUCAUACAGUCUUACACCCGAUCAAUACGCUGCAUACCAGAACGAGAUCUCUAUCUGUGCAAGUAGAAUAGAUCAGCUGCAGCUCACUCCGCCGACAACGCAGGCCUCGUGCUCAGACACAGAUAGACCGGUUCAGGGUCAUGAGCAUCCACGAUCUGACGUUGCCGAGCUCUGUCCCAAGCCAAAAUCCAAUUCCAAGCCAGCUGAUAGCUGCCAGCCACUGGUAGUCAAUGGGUCUGGGCUCGGAGGAAGAACCGCCGUGGCGAUCUGA